AUGAUCAGUGAAGCUGGCAUAGUUGUAAUGAAUGUUUCCAGUGCAAUGGGAAUAGAAGAUACAGAUAUUUGUAUCAUCAAGGAGCCAGAUCAUGUCGUAGUCUAUUCAGAUGGCAUUUCCCAUGAUUCAGGUCAAGAAGCUGGCGGUGAUCAUCACAAUAUUACCGAGUCUUAUUUACAAAUCAGCGAGACUACUGAACAUCAUAGUUCAGAGGAGAGUGCAAAAGAGUACGAGGUGAAGGAAUGCACUACAGAAGUUUCUGUUAAGGUCUCUGAUGCCAUUAAUGUUAAAAAAUGUGAGGAGAAGUUAACCUCAGAUUCUGAGGGUGUCCUCAGUGAGAAAAGUUUUAAAUCCCACCAAACGAGAGGUAAACACAAGCCACGAGACACUGUGAAGAAUGGAUCAAGACCUCCUGCUGGAAAUGUUCAUAGCAGGUGUACGGGAAAUACCCAAAUCAAGCCCACAGUUCCACAGCCGUUUUCCUUAGCAACUGAGAAGCGUGCUUCGGUUGGAACUCGCCCUGCUUUUGAAGAAGACAACAAGGGCAUUAUUGUGAGAAAAUCUUUAAAUAAAAAAAGCGUGCUAUCUCCCAAUAUGCUUAAACAGAAUCAGUUGAAAUCUCCUGUAGUUUCAAGUAAGCCACUGCUACCUGAUAACAAGAAGCACCCUGAUGAGGAUGAUGCUUGCUCCGUAGCUUCACUAACUGGAACUUCUGUGCGGUCAAUCAAAUCCAGGGCAACUGCUGCUUCUGCUCCUGUGUUUCGGUCCACUGAACGUGCAGAGAAAAGGAAGGAGUUUUACUCAAAAUUGGAGGAAAAGCACCAAGCAAUGGAAGCUGAGAAGAAUCAAAGUGAAGCAAGGACCAAGGAAGAGUUGGAGGAAGCUAUCAAGCAGCUAAGGAAGAGUUUAACUUUUAAAGCAAGCCCUAUGCCAAGCUUUUACCAUGAGGGGCCUCCUCCUAAGGUUGAAUUGAAGAAGCUACCAGCCACACGAGCAAAAUCUCCAAAGCUGGGCCGGCGUAAGAGCAACAAUGGUGCUGUUCAUUUAUCAGAAGGGGACAAGGAGAAAGGAACUGGUAUCAGGAGAAAGCAUCACACUCUGAAGACCAACAACUAUGAUGAUAAGAGUGAUGUGAAUGGCUUAUCUGACCUUAAAAACAAGACCAAUCAUAUUGAAGAAAUUAAUACAACCGAAGUAACUGGACAAGCAGACUUGGGGAUUGGCAGCCAGUGA